AGGAUGUGAUUUCUUAUCUUGUUUGAAAUGAUAUCGCUUUGUCCUGUCCUAACGAUACAUGAGCGAAGAGAUCUUAUCUCUCUGGUCGCUUCUUGCAACGGGCAUGCGCUGCCUGCUUCUGCGUUGAAAUGCCUACUUGAAGUUCCUUUGUGAUUCACAUUUGAUCCCUCAUCAGACAGCUACGUCACUGACUGAUGAUCAGCAUUAGGAUAAACCAUCCUUGUCAGCAAUGCGGGGGAGUGUCUGAUCUGCUGGAGGAAAAGUGCAAAGCAAAUUUCUGUUGUUGGGGAUGGGAGCAACAAUGCAUUUAUGUGUUGGAGGCUGUGUAGGAGGAACCCGGUCUCCAUGUUUAUAUACUGGCUUUUCUCGCAGGGACAGAACAACUAUAUCCAGUAGGCCUCUUUUCACUUGUGCUCAUUUAUCUCGUUUAUUUCUAUGUACUGCUAGAAAUGGGUAUCCAUAUAUGUAUAAAUGUUAUAAGAAAAAACACAAACCAUGGAAUUGCGUUUAUCCUGCAAAUGGGAGAGCACAAAUUAGUCCUCCAAAGAGGGCAAUUCUUUGCAAAGGCUUAGAUGGAGGCGAGAGCAGCUCAGGGAUUGUAACAGCAGGGGUGACCUUGAAGGGAGAGGGUUAUAGUCAAUACUCUGAGAAUGGACAUUUGGGUAGUGAGUUGAAUGAUGAAAUAAGGGAUGCAGGAGAUAGAGAAGAAUACGAAGAAGAAGAAGAGGCAUUUGGGGAAGUUAACAAGAUAAUUGGGAGCAGGGCUGUAGGGGAAUCCAUGCAGUAUUUGAUAGAGUGGAAGGAUGGGCAUAGGCCCACAUGGGUUCCCUCUGAAAAUAUUGCAAGGGAUGUCGUAGAAGAAUAUGAUGGUCCAUGGUGGACAGCUGUGAAGAAAGCAGAUGAGGAUAAACUUAAAGAGCUUUUGGAAGAUGUGGAGAGGGAUGUAGACUGUAUAGAUGAGAAUGGAAGAACAGCAUUAUUGUUUGUAGCUGGAUUGGGAUCUGAGAACUGUAUUAGAUUAUUGGCCAAGUCUGGUGCAGACCUUGAUAAGCAAGACAGAGAAGGAUUCACUGCCUUGCAUAUAGCUUCUGGAUACAUGAAACAAGGGGCAGUAAGGGUUCUUGUGGAACUCGGUGCUGAUUUGGAAAUAGAAGAUUCUAGGGGUAGGACUCCAAUGGCACUUGUCCAAGAUUUACUGGCAAGCACUUCACCGGCCAAUCCUCUUCAGUUUGCCAGACGGUUGGCAUUAGAAGGUGUCAUAAAGGAACUAGAGAAUGCAGUUUUUGAAUAUGUGGAGGUUGAGCAAAUUCUUGACAAGCGCACGGGGGCAGGGGGAACAGUAGAGUAUUUGGUGAAAUGGAAGGAUAAUUCCUCUGAAGAGUGGUUGCCUGCAGAAUCCAUAGGGGAAGACCUGGUGCAGGACUAUGAGGCAGGGUUGGAAUAUGGAAUAGCUGAGAAGAUUUUGGAGAAGAGAGAAGAGAAUGGAGUGUCAGAGUAUUUGAUUAAAUGGACAGACAUAGAUGUGCCCACAUGGGAGCCUCUAGAAAAUGUUGCUCCAGAACUUGUUGCAGAUUUUGAGAAUGUCUCAGUAAAGGAGGUGGAGGACAGACUAGAAAAAGCUGAAAUUGAUCCCUCUUGACAAGUUUGGGUAUGAAGUUUAAUGCUUUUUCCUAAAAUAUAAGUGAUAGUCGCCAUUCUCCUUCUCUGCCAGGUAGACUGUGUAGUUAAUUUGUCCACAAACUUGUUGUAUAAGCAUCAAUCUGGAUAAAUAUAUGAAAAGAAAGCUUGGCAUAUUCUUGCA